AUGGCCGGUCCAGCCCGCACAGGCGCCGGAAUUAGGCUUCCCGAGUUCGCCGGACAGGAACACGAGGACCCACGAACAUUCGGCAGCCACUGCCGCGACCUUUUGGCCCGUUACGGCAUUCCACUCAAUGAGUGGAUGGUGCGAGUGAGUGACCAGCUCAGAGGAGCCGCCCGUGACUGGUGGGCCAUGGUCGGGGAAGGCGAAAUGGCAUGGGACGACUUCAUCUCUCGGUUGGAGAGCCGGUUCGACGACGCGCGGGCACGGGCGCACUGCCAGCGCUCCCUCUGGUGUACCUCGCAAGGGGACGACGAGGAUGUUGAGUCAUUCAUACGAGCCAAAGUUCGACUUCAUCGCCGUCUUACCACGGGAAGCUACCUAAGCGAGGCCCUUGGACUGGUGGUCGAAUUGAUGAAGUGGGAGCUGCUCCCACAUCUGAGGGGCGCCACCGGACGUGACCUGGAGGACUUCAUGCAACUGGCCAAGGAAAUUGAGCGGGACGUGCAGCCGCUACCGCAGCCGCUCACCACAAGGGCUCGGCAACAGGGAACGGCACGACAACAGCUCAUAGCACCAGAAGACAGGCGGGUGGUGGUGCCUUAUAGAGUUCCGGCACCUCAGAACGCUACACUGUGGUGCCACAGAACCGGCAUGUAG